UUAUGAUUUUUGAUAAAAUUAUAAUUGUUGGGGCUUACAUAUUCUUUUAUUCAAAAUAAUUGCAACUUAUUAUGAUUAUUGUCUAAAAACCCUCAUGGUGUCUCGAAAUGGACUCUAGCUCUCAGCAAAUUUUCAUUUUUUUGUUGUUGUAAUUUUAAGUCAUUCAAAUCCGGCCUCAAGAAGACUAUCAUGUUAUGACAGUGGUUACAACUAACACCUAUGAUUUGGCGUAUAUUUUGGUCUAACUCCGAAAGUACCAUACAGUCAGUUAUACUGUGACCUUUUUCAUGUGUGACCAUCGGGUAAUCAGGUUUCUAAACCCUGACCUUUGACCUUCAAACAAAUUCUCCCGCUUGGGUUUUGAAGUCAUUCAUUGUCACGCGAUUAUCAACAUAUUCCAACGCCGUAUCACUUACGAAACAUCGUAAGUCUGUAGAAUCACACGGGAGGGAAGGUUGAGAAACUAUCGACAGGACGUCACAAUAAACCAGACACAUGGGAUCAGACACAGUGAGUCAGCAAGACAACUUCAAAGGUAAUUCGGCGCAAGGAAGGUACAACUAAACUUUGCAACUCGACAGUGAAGUGUUCUUCCAUGAACAUUUACAAGACAGAGGAUUCAACAUGUUUCAAGUUCAACAAAACAUAUCGGUACCAGUAAUACUGGUGUAUCCUAUGGCUAUGCCUUUGCCCAUUGUCAGUACAGGACAGGUAACCCAACAAGCUCAGACAACAGUAACUCACUCACUCACGGCCCAAGCCCAGACAAACGUACAAGAAAAAACUCACAAAUGUGAUCAAUGUGACUAUUCCACCUCCCAUCCAAGCAAUCUAAACAAGCACAAGAACAGUCAACAUGCCGAUGAGAAAAAAACGUACACGUGUGGGGAGUGCGAAUUUACGACGACAAACGGAAAGCAUCUGUCUAAACACGCAAAAACACACCCAGGUGGAAAACCCUUCAAAUGUGACCAGUGUGACUAUCGUACAACUUUAAAGGACAGAUUAAACUCACACAUGCGUAAGCACACGGGUGAAAAACCGUACAUGUGUGGGGAGUGCGGGUACCGCACCUCUCAGAGAGGUAACCUGGUCACUCAUAUGAGGGGCCAUGUAGGGGACAAACCACACAAGUGUGACUUGUGUGGCCAUUCUGUUUGGCGAAAAAAAGCUUUAGACAGACACAUGGCAGCGCAUGCUGCAGGAAGGGAGCACUUCGGACCUUACAACUGUGACCACUGCGACUUCACUACAACAAAGAGAAGAAGGUUUGAAGCACACCUUGUUAGACAUACAGGUGUGAAACCCUACAAGUGUGAUGCCUGUGACUUUAGUACAAUACAUAGAGACAGUUUAAAAGCGCAUGUCGCUAUUCAUUCAGGUGAGGGACGAUACAAGUGUGAUCAGUGUGACUUUUCCGCAGCAUGGAAAACCACUUUAGAUCGGCACAUGGCAAAACAUGAUGGUGAGAAGCCCUUCUUGUGUGAAAAGUGCGGAUUCCGGACGGCUCGGAAGUGUCAUCUACGCCGACAUCUGACGACCCACUCGGAGGAUAAACCUCACAAGUGUGACCAAUGUGACUUUUCCACCGCAAGGAAGAACCAUCUAGACAGGCACAUGCUGACACACACCGGGGAGAAACGCUUCAUGUGUGAGGAGUGUGGCUACAGGACGACUGAUAACUAUCAUCUAAAGCGGCACAUAAGGAGAAAACAUGAGAGAGAAACCGCUGAAGCAGUAUCAGUGUGACUUUUGUAUAGGACAGAAGGGAAACUUUAGCCUUCACAAGGUCUUUCUGUGGGGGUACGGACAGGGCUCUAGCCAGCUCGAAAUUUUUUUCCGUCAGCCAAUUCCCACUGUCACGAAAACCGCGAAAAUUAAGUUAGAAAGACGGAACUGAGACCUUGAAAACCGGUUUUUAAUGAGAUUAUCGUAUGCGAAAGGGUGCCAACACACUAAGUCAACAAUCAUAACAAUAGCAAGACAAACAGUGUGUGGCUUUCCGACCGUGGACAGCGUCCCCAAGCCGCCUGUAGCUUCCACCAAGAAUUUUUGUCCGUCAAGGUUUAAAAAAUUGUCCGUCACACGCAGCAAACUUCGGUACGGAUCAUAGAAUUUGACGAAUACAGGAAUAAUUAGCCAGGAGAGUCAGUCCACACUAAGGUUAACAUUUCCCCUUUGGCCAAUAAAACCUUAUGGUGGCAAGACUCCCUGGUAAACUAUUCCCCCUAAAGCCAGCAUAGUCAGUCCGGUAGAGCCCACAGGUAGUACAAGGUACAAUUUACACUAGUACUAGUCUUGUUGCAUUUUGCAUUUACGGUGGUUUUAUUUCAUUGGUGAAGGAAAGGAGGUUUUCAUGGUGUUUUGAUGGUGUACGUGGUCAAAAUAGGUCUUUGUUACACUACCACAGUGAAAUUACCUAGUUGCAAGGGUACAAUUUUAGGAUCUCACCAUAAAAAUAAAACCAAGUAAAAUACCACUAAGCUGACCAGUGGACAAUGGUGACCAGGUUAGCUACAUAGAAGAUGUGCACACAGGAAAACAUUUAGCAUGUGUGAUUAGAGUAGAAAACCUGUCUGUGGUUGUGUAAAGACAAUGUACUGUACACAAUUUUAGGUACCUGUCCUCUUGGUGCUAGAAUUUUUCCCUAUGAGUAUUCUUUCAACCUUUCAUACUUUGUAGUUGCAUAAGUCACACUACCACCUCUCUAGUACAUAUUGUACUUGUACAUUAGAAGCCAUUUAAUUUCACACUCCAUUUGUAAUCGUAUUUCAUGCAUAAUGCGAAGUUAUACAGCUGGACUGCACCAGUUUGCGAAAUUGGGAUUCAGUGCAAUUAACCGAAGUGUAUGGUAAUCCGUUGUGCAAUUAACUGGCUUCUACUGCAUUCAUAGUCCAUGAGUAUGGCUAUGGGCUGCCAUGGAAGUUGAUGAUACAUUGCCAUUUCUCUUGUAUGUUAAUUUUGCACUGUGGAUAUUGGUGAAGGUGUAGUUUACUUUGCAUGAAAUUUUAAUAGAUUUGUACAGACGAAACCAUGCUUUUUCUUGUUUUUGUGCAGAUAAGUUUAAUAAAUGACCUAUUCACUCACUGUAUUCCUAAAUCCAAGUAAAUCUAAUGUCAGAAAUGGCACCUCCUAAGCUACUUUUUGAAACCAUCGAAGCCAAUACUCGCCGAAUGAAUAUCUUGUUCAAUCCUCUUUAGGAAAAUUAACGCAUUUGAUUCCCUACUCAUGUAACUGGGCGUUUCUAG